GUAGUCUGAUACUUUGUGAGUUGUGGUGUUGUGCUGUCUGUGCUUGUUUUGUUGCGACCGACGUCGGUUGAAGGCAAGGAAGGUGUAGGCGUGGGGGCCGAAUUAAAAUAACAAGUACAAGCAUUGCCCUCACUAUUAAAAUAAUGUGUGUGUAAGAGAUAAUCCACACAAUAAUUAGUGUAAAUAGUUGUAGUUUAAAAUUUAGAUUACCGGUACGGGGGUACUUUGAAAAAUUUGAUUGGCGUAUCGUAUACAGUAUACUAGUUACUAACAGUAUACUAAUAUACUAGUUACUAGUAUACUAAUAGUAUACACUUACACACAGUAGACUCAGUAGUCUAGUUAAUAAUAGUAAUAGUAUUUAUUUUAAUAGUGUUGCACUACUACUACACUUACAUAUUACACUUUGGCUGUGACUAUUGGCACCCGGGUAUCAGAAGUGAGAGGUGGUGAUUAAAAAACUAUUUAAAAUAUUGUUGGGUUUGUAAGACAAAAAAUGAGGUAUCAAAUGAAAGAUAAUUGAAUUAUUGACUAAGUUAAGACUAUAUUUAAUAUUUAUUAUAUAAACUUAUUAACAGUUUAAAUUAAAAUUAACUACCACAAAUGCCAGCGUAAUUGGAUUUAGUCUAAAGGGACCCGGGUGCGCAUAGCUGCUAUUGGGUGCGAAUAGCCACUUUGUUACACUUUACAGUGACUUUACACUUCUACGUAACUUUAUUUUACUAUUUAUUAUUUAAAAUUAAACAACCCCUAAAAACAAAGUUUUUUGUUUUUGUACCGGUAUGGGUAUAGGGCAAGAUAAAUUCCUUACUUACUUAUAGGUACUUAUAUUAUAUGCAUUUAUUUCUGUAAUUGUAAUUUAUUUGGUAAAUUUGGAGAGAUAGCACUGCGGCCGCCAUCUUGGUUGCGGCGACCCGUGAAUUUAUGUCCUAAAUGUAUCCCUAAACCUAACCUGCACCCUUAAUCUAUACCUAUACCUAAACCUAACCUGAACCCUAAAUCUAUUCCUAAACCUAACCUGAACCCUCAACUUAUCCCUUACCUGGGUUUUGACCCUAUCUGAAUUGGGGACAAGACACGCAAAUGACGUCUGGGUGCUAUCUCUCCAAAUUAGCCCUUUAUUUAUUAACAGGUUAUUUAAAUGAGCAAACUACUGAUGAAAGUGAGUGAAAGCACAUAGAAGAAAAACAAAAGCACAAUCUGACACUAGUCUUGUCUUUCACUUGUAAGAAUGUGCCUAGAGGGGGACUUUUGUUGUAGAAAGAUGGCAGACUUAAAUUACAAUCUAUGGGGACAGUGGCAACUUGGAGGUGUUGUGGCCGUGGUGGGAAGUUUGUGAGGGGACACUCUGGUUUAUAACCAACAUGAAAUUUGGAGCUUUCACUGAUUACUGAACUGUUACAUUUAAAUUUUAAUUAUAAAAAAUUAUCAGUACUCAUUUUGAUUUUGCAUUGAGAAUUGUUUAGUUUCUUAUCAAAACAAAGUGAUGUUAGAAAAAUUGUAGAGAUUUAAGGAAAGAUUACCCAUCCUAGAUACAUAGUGUUGUUUAUGGAUGGCCCCUAAACCUAAUAACUAUAAUAGUAAGACCUGGUAAUUGACACAACAGCAGUGGGUUUUAAAUGGAGUGCCACACUAAUACUCCCAGGGUGCAGUGAAACUGAACUACAGUGUAGGCCUAUUCUGUUGCAUCAUUGGUUAAAGUAAAGUCAGUUUAUAUUUGAUACCCUUAGCGACUUUAGUACAGCCUAGGAUUUGCACUAUUUUAAAUAGCUUUCUGUUUGGAGGCAUGCAGUCAAUAAAAUAAGAUUACUAAGAGCAUAGGUGCAAGAAUUGAGCCUUGCUUUCAAUCUGCUGCUGAUUGAAAAAGACGCAGAUGUUGUGUGAAUGAAACACAUUUUGCACUUCAUGUGCUCAUGAAUUGAUGUGAUGACAGCAAUCGGCCAUAGACGAGUAUUAGUUUUCUGUGACAAGAACCUGAAAAGUGUACUCCAUCAAAUGCCAAUGUUAUGUCUAUAAAAGAGAUGAAUCCAUCUGCUGUUUAAAACACUUUGGUUUUUUCUUAUCUGUUUAAAGUUAAAAAUAUAUAAUUAUUCAUCUAGUAUAAGCAAUGAUAAGAGGGAUUUCCGCAAUAAUAACUGUAUUACCUUAGCGUGCCCAAUUUGUAAAAAUGUUGAAAACCACUGCACUAAAGCAUAUAAUUAUUAUUUUUAGUAUUAGACAAAUAGCUAAGUUGUAGUGUUGUGUAGAGUGUAUGACCUACUUAAUUUGAUCCCCUGCUACAAAACCCUUCAAAACAGUACACAACCACUAACCAGUCACGAAAUAAAGAAAGAAAGGCCAAUGACAGCCUGUUGUGUAAAUAUUCUCAAGGCAUUCUUGAGAUCCUCUCAGUUAUCCAUACAGUUCAAUUUUUUGUUGACAUUUGGCUAUACUGAGAGACUAUAAUAAACCUACAUAAUUUUACCAUUUAGUUUAUUUGCUUUUUUUUUUUAUUUUAGCUAAUGUUUGUGAUAUUCGGUUUGCUAAAAAAAAUUUUAUUUCAAAACCUUUUUUAUAAAGACAUUUUUUGUUGUUGCUUCUCUCUCCCCCCCAAACCCCCACCCCUCUCAUGGUAAGCAGUGUAUGUUCUAAUUAAGAGCUAUUGUUUCUAACAUGACUGUAUUAGUUACCUAACUGAUAUCUACCUGUUCACAUCUUAUCUACCGAGUCCAAACUUUGUAAAAUCUAUUAUGAAAUUGAGUAUGGGCUGAUGUGUAUCCUCAGCUUUUAUUUAACCCAGUCAAUGACCCAUUCCUCUUACUGGAUGUCUUUAAGUUUAUAUCUGCAGUGUCCUAUUUCUUGUGUAAGACAUUGCUUUAAGAUCAGGUCAUUGAACAAUCAAAGGUUUGUUGUAGACUAGAAAGUGUUUUAGGAGCUGUUACUUUCUAGGAAUCACAAGGUUAAUAUUUUAUAUGUAAUAAAAUCUUGGAAUUGGUAUCACUUGAAAAUAUUUACUUCAAUUUUGAAGGAAAAAUCUAUAUUUAUUACUUAAACAUGAUUAAAUUUAAUUAAAGCCAACAUAUUGAUUUUACUGGACUGUUUUAAGAACAGCUGUCACAUCAGAUUGUUUACUGCAAUCUAUAUUUUUCGUUGUGCACCUAAGGUGGUGAAUAUAUAUGUUCAUUGUGUUAAAAAAGGCAAAGAAAAAUAUUUACAUUCAGUAAUUGGAACUAAAUUUUAAGCAUAUUUCUUUCUUUUUUUAAUUUUCAAUAGAUGCAAUUAGACUAAAUUUCAAUAGUUAUUUUGAUUAAUUUAAAAGAGUUCCAAAUUUUAUGCCCUUCUGCAGGUUCAGUUUACAUAUAAGUAGUCAAAAACUGUGAUACCUAGUUGAAUCUGAAUUAUUUUAUUUUUUGUGACAAUUAGCAGCUUUAUCAAAUAUUAUUUUCAGAUAAUUGAAGAUGGCAGAAGAAAGUCAGACACCUGUUUCUGCAAUACCAGAGGCACAAAAAGAUAGGUCAGUUAGAUGUUUAGAUUCAGAUAUUGAAUUCCCUGCUAAAUCUAUACACCUUUUUCAUUUGCAGAGCAUAUACUUAUUCAUUUUUAGAUAAGCUCAUUAAAUUUUAAAAAUUCAGCUGAAUCAGAUUUAUUUCAUAUUUUGGUAAGAUUAAUAUUCAUCUUGCAACAUUCUUCCCUGAGAUUCUUUAUACAAUAAUUAUUCUAUAACUGUAUGCUAAAAUAUAGUUACAUGCAUUUACAGAAGUUAUAAAUAUUAAAACAUGAACUUAAUUUAAUUUAGUUGAACAUUUUCAUUGCAAAAUAGUGUCUCUAACUCUCUAAACCUCCAUGUCAGUUUUUUUCAAAAUUGCAUUCUUCCACAAAAUUGCAUUUUUCAACUCCCAGGUAUAAAAAUAUCAGUCAAACAUUCCAAGAAAACUUUGGUGAAGGGCCAGAAUUUUUUUCACGGGCUCCAGGAAGAGUGAAUCUUAUAGGUACAAAUUUUAUUGAAAUAAAAAAAAUGUUACAUUUUUAAAGCUAGCUAGAAUCUAUUUUAUUAAAAUCAUUUGGAUUGAAAACAUGUCAUGCAAAAAUCUGUCUACUGGAAUUUCAUUAACAUAAAGAUAUUAUUGAUAAUAAUUUUUUAAAUUUAUUUCACUUUAAUAAUAACUAAUCAGCAGCUUUGAAAAGUGAGUUAUUUUCUUUUGGGAAAAAAUUUUGAUGAAAGUAUUUUUUGAUGUGAUAAUAAUGUUUGUGUUCUUUGUUUUGUCCAUUAAAGUUACUACAAACAUCAUCACAAACCAUUGCAUGUCUUUUACUAUUAAUAUAAACUGUGCUAUAAAUAUUGGGGGGCAUAUUUGAUAAUUGAAAAUUUCCUCAGCAUUUACUGGACCGGCUUUUUUAAAACUUUUUGAUAGUGAUAAAUUUUGUUUCAUUUUUAUUUGUGCUUUUCAUUUGUAUAGUUACCCUUUAACUUUUGUUGACCUUGAUCAACAUAUCUUAAAAACUUUAUUCAAUGCUUAAGUUUAUUAAUAAACAAUGAGCAUGUUCUCUAUAAAAACUAUAACUAAUUACAUGCAAUCUUAAACUAUAAUCCCAAAAAAUAAUUCAACUGUACUAAUCAACAAUCACACACAAAAAUUACAUUAUUCUGUAGAAAAAGAAACAGUGGUAAUGAAGGGGUUGAAGUUUUAUUAGAAGUUUUACAAUGUGAUCACAGUGUCAUACCUUGGUGAUCACAAUGUCAUAUCUUGAUGUUACAUUUGCUGUGAUAUGCCAGUAAUUUGGACUGCAUAUUAAUAUAUUAUUGUCAUGCAGGAGAACAUAUUGAUUAUUGUGGCUAUUCAGUAUUACCCAUGGCUGUAGAACAAGAUAUUGUUAUGGCUGUUUUGCCAGACAGUAGUGGGAGCAUCUCUUUAGUUAGUGCAGAUCCCCAGUAUGAGUAAGUUUGUCUAAAGUUUUUUUUAUAUCUAAACCAAGCAAACUCUUUAUUAAAACUUCUACUCUGCAAUAUUAUAUUAUUUAACACCCACAAGUCAGCUAAAGAAACUUAAUGCAACAUGUUUUUUUACCAAUGAAAUAUUAUUGAAUUCAGUUGUUGAUCUAUCAUUGAAAUAAAAGCCCAGUUGAACUGAUAUUGAUAUUUUAUGCAAAACUUUUGCCUUCAUUUUCCAACAAAGAUCUUUCACCUGUGAUGUCACCAAAAUUGUCAUCACUAAAGACGAACCCCACUGGUAUAAAUAUGUGUUGUGUGGUAUUUUGGGUAUCAAAGAGCAAUUCCAAAGUGAAACCAUCAAAGGCUUCAAAGCUGUUAUACAUGGAACUGUUCCUAGAAGUGCGGGACUGUCUAGCUCAAGUGCUUUAGUGUGCUGUUCAGCCUUGGCCAUGCUGAGAGCCAACAAGUGGAACAUGACAAAAGUAAGUAACUAAACACGAUCAUAACAAUUUAUUUUAGGAAAGAGGAUGUCAGAAUAAUUUCAGCUGCUGCUACAUUCUAAAAAAAUUGUAAUGAUUUUUAACCCUUUUACUUAUAUUCUCCUUGACUUAAACUUUGUUUCAUCCUUUUUUAGUCAAUUUUUGUAUCAGUUUCCACCUAUUUAGACAGUAGAAAUUUGGCAGAAAAUUGCUUAAAUUUCAUAAUUUCAAAGCUUUCAUUGAAUUCUAUUAGUAAUUAUGCACCUCUAGAUGUCAGAUCUCAUGAUCUGUGAAAAUGUAACUACUUGUGAAGGUUAUAGUGAAAAACAUUUAAUUGAAAUUUUGACAUAGACUGAACAUAAUUUUUUUGAUUUGCAAUUACAUUUUUUAUCAUUUUAUUUACAGGAAUUUUUAUGUAGCUAAUAAAAAUGGAUAGUUAAGGAUAUGUAAUUUAUUAAUUGAAUGCAUAGGUAUAUGUAAAUUCUUCAAACCAAAGAAAAUAGUUAUACAUGAUAUCCAAAAUAAUUUUUAUAUAGUGAUUGUAAAAAAAAUCUGUAAAUAUUAUGUUCAAGAAAGCAUCAAUUUUGUUUGCUUUUAGAGAUUCAAUUUUAAAUCAUAAUUUUAAUUUUUUAAAUCACUCUUUGACUCUUUGAAUUGAAGCAGAUAAAAUGGAUUUGUCUAAGUACCGUAUUUUUGCGUAUAUAAGACAUGUCUUAUACAUGCGUAUUACAUGUGGGUACAAUAUACAUGAAAUAUUUUUUACACACAUUGUCAAAACCUGCGUCUUAUAUAUGGGUGCAUCUUAUACUUAUGUGUGUCUUAUAUGCAUGAAAAUACGGUAAGUAUUUUUUAACACAAACGAAUGGUACAGUGUGUUAUAUUGAAGGACCAUUAUUGCCGUCGAUAUUCACGUUUCAUGAUUUUCAUUCCUAGUUGUAAAAACAAUUGGGUAAGUGUUUAGAAAAUAUGUGUACCUAACCAAUGCAGGCCACUUCAAAUUUAAAAUCCAUUCAUUUCAAUGUUUUGUAUACUUCUAUCCUAAUUAUUGCAGAUCUAAGUUUAGUCGGAGUAAAUAUUUUAAAUUUAGAGCUUUAUGAUAAGCGCUAUAUAAAAAUGCCUAAAUAAAUAAAUAAAUAAUAUAGUAACUUAAAUAGUUUAGUCGUUUGUUUCUAGAAUCUAGAUACCAGGUACUCAACCCAUCUGCUUUUGGCUAGGCUGCAGAUAAGACUAAACAAUAAUCGUUGCGAUCCUGCCUCAGACAAUUCUUUGAUCUACCAGUAAACUAAAAAUGGUAAUGAAGCCUUGUUUACAUCCGACGGUUGAUGAAACAUGGGACAAAUUUUCAUUUAUCAUAAAGGAAAGGAAACCUGUGGAUAUAAAUUGCUCAGUGCGGCAGAUGGCUAGACCACGUGUGUCAUAUGUAAUUUUUGUUUAUACACAUCAUCAAAACCUGUGUCUUAUAUAUGGGUGCGUCUUAGUAAAAUAUUUUUUGCACAAAUCGUCAAAACCUGCGUCUUAUAUACGGGUGUGUCAUUAGGUGAGUCUUAUAUGCGUGAAAAUACAGUAACUUGUCUUUUAUGGGGAGAAUAAUUUUUAUGUUAAUGAGUUAACUCUGUCAACAUAACAUUUCAUUCUUUGAUAAGGAGCAUCUUGCAGAGGUAUGCGCCAAAUGUGAACGCUACAUUGGAACUGAAGGUGGUGGGAUGGAUCAAGCCAUAAGUCUGACUGCAAAGAGUGGAAAAGUAAGAAUUAAAAAAGCUUUUCUUUAUAAUACAGGAUUUAUAAUAUUUACGGGAGUUUCAUGAAAGCGUCUUGCAUUUAAAUUAUGGUCUCCUUUAAUUUAAUAAUAAUACAUAUCCCCAUAUUAGAAGUAUUAGAAGACUGCAAUUAGAAGUAAAUAAAUAGUUUAACAAGAAUGUUUAGGCUUGAAAAAAAGACAUGACAAAAUUUAAUAAUUUGUGACGUCAAUGAAAAUUUUUAUUUUGAACCAAAAUGAAGUUUGUUUGAAAUAAUGUGAAAUUGGAAAGAUGUUGCUAUGUAACUCUUAUAUUAGUCGUUUCUUUUAAAAUCUCUGAAAUGAAAAGCUUCUUACUCUGAAUUGACCCCAUUUUAAAAUGUAACGAACACUUCCAGGCCAAGCUUAUAGAGUUUAACCCCCUUCGAACCACAGACGUUCAACUCCCAGCUGAUGCAGCUUUUAUUGUAAGCAAUUCUCUAGCCGAGAUGAACAAAGCAGCAACACCUCAAUUUAAUACACGAGUAGUUGAAUGCAGACUGGCUGCCCAGGUUAGUAACUAUACAAUUUCCUGUUUGUGCUGAAUGUAAUAAUGGAAAUAUUUUUUUUUUUUAUUGACAGAUAAAUUGGCUUUAUGAUUAAUUCAUAAUAGUUUAUAUCCACUCUUUCAUCAGGUAUUAGCAGCAUCCCAGACCAAUAUUAAAUGGAGAGAUGUUAAAAGAUUGGGAGAUCUUCAAGAAAAAUUAGGCUUCAGUUUGGAUGCCAUGCUGACACUGGUCACAGCUAAUUUGCACAAAGAGCCUUAUAGCAAAGAAGAAAUUUGCACAUUGCUAGAAGUUACACCAGAUGAGUUGGCAGAGACAAGUCUGAGUACAAAUACCACACAUGGUAAGUGGAUUUUUACAUCUCUCAAAAGGGCUAAUAAGUUUUAUUUUGUGUAGUUUUAUUGAGAACUUGUUUGUGGGAUUGAGGGGGGGGGGGGUUGUUUCUAGUAUUACAUUUGAUUAAAAGACACAAAAUAUCUAUACAAGAAGUGAUUUAAAGCUUUUUUCAAAAGGGCUAAUAAGUUUUUUUUUGUGUAGUUUUAUUGGGAACUUGUUUGUGGGAUUGAGGGGGGGGGGGGGUUGUUUCUAGUAUUACAUUUGAUUACAAGACACAAAAUAUCUAUACAAGAAGUGAGUUAAAGCUUUUUAAACAUAAAAUAAAACAAGCCUUCAUAAGUUAGCAUGCAUGGGCGCCCGCAGGUAGGGGCAAGGUGGGGCACUUGCCCCCCCCCCCCUGGAUUGAUUGGAUAAGAAUAUUUUUAACAAAAAUAGACAAAAAAUGUAUUAAAGUAAAGAGAAAAUAAAGAGAAAGUAACUAAGCUGAUGUCCUGUCCGUUCGUUCACCAUACAAAUACGCUACAGUAAAUUAAAACUAUAUGAAAACAUUACUAAAAAAAUUUUGCCCCCCCUGGAAAGUUAAUCGAUUUUUUUUUUGCCCCCCCCUUGAAAGUUUUCUGCGGGCGCCCAUGUUAGCAUGUCAUGUAUUAAUAUAGUUUCACCCUAUUUGUCAUAAUUUAUUAUUUAGUUAAUAUUUAUAUAAUAUUGAUAUACACCAUGGAUUCCAGCACCCUCAGGGAGUGUGGGAGGCAGUGCCCAUUUGUGUGGGGAAAAUCAAUAUUUUUUUUGAAACACAAAAACAAAUUUAAAAAUUUGAAAUCUAACCCUUGAAGUAAUAAAUAAAUGAAGUGUUGGGUGUGACAGUGCAAAGUAGUUAAGAACCCCUGCUUAACAUAAUGCACUGUUAAGAAAAAAUUUAUAAUUUAGCUUUAAACUUAAAUUCUUGUGAUCUGUUCUUAAAGUUCAUUUUGAAUAUAGUAAACUAUAUUUUUUCAGUGGAGACAUUUUGUUUGUACAAGCGAGCGACCCAUGUCUACAGUGAAGCAAAGCGAGUGUUACAGUUUAAAACAAUAUGUGAUGAACAACCAGAGGAUGCCUUGCAGCUGCUUGGAAAACUCAUGGAUGAGAGCCAUGCAAGUUGCAGAGAUAUGUAUGACUGCAGCCACCCUGACUUGGACAGUCUUGUUGAGGUUUGCAGGUUAGUCAGUCAAAGCAAUUUCAUUGACAAAUAGGCAACGUAAAAGAAGUUUAUAUCUCCCCCUAUUUUUACACCUCAUCAACAUAUGCAAGGUUUAUCGCAUUAAACAAUGUUAGGGCUGAGGGGGUUAUCUUUUUUUUUAUUUUUUAUAAUUUACCACCAAAGAAAACGAUAUUUAAGCCACCUCUUAUUAAAAGUGUAUAUUGAUAAACUUUGUGAGUUUUUAUGGAUUUUAAUUUCAUUUGAUAUUUUUUCUUUUAAUGUAUUGAUGUCAUUAACUUAUAUUUAAAAUUCUAUAAAUUAGUUUAAUUCUUAUUAUAUGUGCAGGCGUCUUGUGUAUAUAAUUAAAAUUAGAAUGCAACUGCUAAUUUCUCUCUUCUCCUAUUCAAAAAUCUAUUAUAGUAAUGUAUGACACUUUUUAAACAUAUCACUAUUUAUUAUGUGCACCACUGGUACUCUUCGUGUUCCUUACAUGAAUAUUUUUUUGUGUGAGGUUGCUGGGUGGCCGAGCGGUCUAAACUGUCUCAAACGAAAUAGCUGGUGGUCUGGAGUUCAAUCCCCACCAAAGCCAUCCCAAGCAACCCGGGUGGAUGGGACUCGUUAGCCUUGGACGGCAACCUGUCUAAGAGAAGGCAAACUCUGAAUUUAAAACUAGGAGCCAGAAUGAUCAACAAAUUGAUCGUGGGCACCUCGAAUAUAAGAAGAAGAAGAAGAAGGAUGUGUUAUUGCAUCAUUGGUUUAGUUGCCCCUUCAGAAUUAUUCCCAUCAUUUCCUUCUAAAAAAAUAUAAAAUCUUUGCUUAACUUAAAUGGAGCACAACCUUCAAACAAAUUUCAUGUUAAAAAUGUCAAGCUCUUCUUUGUUUACCAGUCAUUCCUAUUUCAUGAACUUUUUGCAGAAACAGUGGUGCUGUUGGCUCACGAAUGACUGGUGCAGGCUGGGGAGGAUGUGCAGUCUCCAUUGUAAAAUCAGAUUCUGUUGCAUCACUUUUGUCAAGGGUCCAAGAUAACUAUUACAAACUCAACAGUGAAAAAUUUGCCAGAGUUCAAGAAUCUUUAUUUGCCACUAUCCCAGGAGGUGGUGCAGCGUACUACAUCUACUAGUAUUUUAUUAUAUGAAAUUAAUCUGGAGCUUUCACAAUUUUAAUGUGCAGACAGCAGGUAAAUAUAUUAUGCUCAAACUCAGUUUUCUUUUUUUGCAUUCUUUUCUCUAUGAUCACGUUUGGUUAAUUUAAACCUUUACCUGUGAAUCAUUUCAUUUACUUAAAUAACCCUUUGAACCUUUGGCUCCUGAUCCUAAAAUAUCUAUGCCUCUGGGCUCCUGUGGAUAAUUUCAACAACUUAAAAAACAACUUAAAAACAAACAAAAAUCACAUGAUUAUAAAAUUAAAUAAAUUGCAUUUAUUUUAAUCUAAAUUUGUCUGUAGUCCAUAACUAUUAUAAAUUUUAUCACAGGGAGAAAAUUGUCUUAGAAUCGUUGUAGAAUAGCAUAGUAGGUGGUCAUUUAUACACCCUUGAUUUUUCUUAAAAACCAGGGUUAGUACUAGGAGUAGACCUUGUGUUGUUUCUUUAAUUCCCAAAGCACACAACACUAUUAUUUGAAGUCAAUCAAUCGUCACUUUCAUUGUCUAUUUGCUUAUUUAUAAUCAUUUUUCUAAACAGGAUAAGAAACCUUUGAAUCUUUUACAUUAUCAUCAACCUGUUCUGUUUCAAGUCCGUUAAAAUGGUAAUUUUUAAAAUUUUUGUCACCUCUAUACAUCGCAAAAUAAUUUCUAAAACAUAACAAAAACAAUGCAUCAAUGGGCACUACAAUUACUGUGAUCUUUCGAUUACUGUGAUCUUUUGCAAGUCACAUGUUAAACCCUGAACUCAAUAGUUACAACACAUUUUCAUAUACCGACUGUUAAUCUAGGGUAAGGUAUUCGGAGAUCCAAAUGUCGUUCUGCAAGGUUGUGCAUUUCUAACGCUAAGACCGAUUACGCUGGAUCCCAGGUUCAAAGGGUUAAACUUACGUUUCACAUGAUCAAUAGCAGAUAUCACUAUUUUAAAUGUAUAAUUAUAUUGACAUUCCAUAAUAAUGCAUAUAUUUAUUUUGGUAUGCUUAAAGUUCUGGUCAGUCAAGGGAAAGUGCAAGUUUUUGUUGAGAAAAUAGUGAUUCUUACAUUAUUAUUCUGUUAAAGAAAUUCAAACAAGACUACUCAAGUAGGCUGUGUUGUUGUUCUUUUUUUUACCUUUUAACUGGCAUUACUUAUGUAUAAAUUCCUUUCACAAACAUGUGAAUGCUCUGUGCCUUAUACUUAAUGAUGCAACUAGUUAAAAUUAGAAUUGACUUGUGGUUCAAAAUUUAAUGACCUUUGUGUUUGAAAACUGUAUCUCAUAGAUCACUGAAUGAAUAAGUUAUUUAAACCACAGUUCACAUUUUGUAAUUGACUUCUAUUGUACAAAAUAUUUUGUAUCUAUUCUGCUUUCAUUUAUUUUGUGCUUUAAAAGCCAGUUGUCAAAGUUUAAGACUAAAUUUUAUUGAAAUGCAAAUGGACUUAACUAUUAAUUAUUUUAUUGCCCUGGUUAAUUUUGUAUUAAGGAAAAAACAUGUGAGUGUACACUUAGCUGUUUUCCCUUUACUAUUUAUAUAGUUUUCUUCAUAUAUUCUCAUUAGGACCACUAGAUAUUAUAGCAACCUCGCUAAUGAAAAAUAAAAUGUUGACAAACUAUAUUUAGUUUUCAGAUAUUUUUUUUUGUUUUUUUUUUUGGUGAAGAUUAAAGGCAAAUCUGGAAAUUUGUUAAUAUUCCUAAUUUAGAUCUCAUCUGCCCUCCUUUUAUAGUGAUGAAGGCUUUUUUACCAUGGCUUGUGAUUAUUUGGUUAAUAUAAAGCCAUAUCUUCUGCUUUUUUUACACUACACACCUGAAUGCAUAAUAUAUUCUAAAUAUCAAUUUGCAUGAAAAUUAUUUGAAUUAACAUAAAAGAAAAUCUAACAUGUCUGAUAA